AUGAAUAAAGCCCGAUACUUUUGGUUAAUGCAAGCUCAGACUGAGUCAAUGUCAAACGAAAUAACAGAUUUGCGUUUUGGAAAGAUGGUUCAUCGUGGUAGUUGCUUUAAGGCUCUAAAUCCAUUCAUUGAUAAUCAGGGGACCCCAGGCAUUACUUGCCCACGUAGCAUUAAAUUAUUGGCCAAUCCGGGACAAUUCCGAGCUCGCCCUCAAUUUACUACACCAUUAAUGGCGCCUCUAACUAGUGUAUGCGUUACAAUUGCUCGACCAUUUGCCAAUAGUGGAAUAGAUCUGUGUAGCCCAAUAUUUGUUCGUAGUGGGCUGAGAAAGAUUUCACCGACCAAAAGCUAUAUUUGUGUGUUUGUCUGCAUGGUUACUCGAGCCAUACAUUUAGAAUUAUUGUCAUCACUGUCUACUGAUGAUUUCCUGGCUGCACUAUCUCGUUUUAUGUCGCGGAGAGGUCAAUGUAGGGAUCUUCACAGUGACAACGACACAAAUUUCGUAGGUGCAGACCGUAUACUCAAAACAUAUUUCAAGGCAACUGUAAACAGCAAUAAAGUACAUGACUUUCUUACAAUGCGAGACAUAACAUGGCACUUCAUACCACCAGCUGCCCCACACUUUGGUGGUUUGUGGGAAAGUGCAGUCAAGUCAGCUAAAAGGCAUCUCCUUCGAGUGUCAAAAGGAGUGUUGCUAACAUUUGAUGAAACCAGAACUCUACUAUGUCAAAUUGAAGCUGCAUUGAACUCUCGACCACUUUCUCCACUUUCAUUAGACCCAAACGACUUCAAUGCACUGACACCAGGUCAUUUUUUAAUUGGGAGUUCGCUCAUGCUACCACCUGAGCCUAAUAUGUCAUCCGUACCACUGAACUGGUUAAAGCGAUAUCAACUUAUGCGACAGCAAAUGCAAAUAUUCUGGAAACGUUGGUCAUUAGAAUAUUUACCACAACUCCAGCGAAGAGGUAAAUGGACAAAACCCAAUCGAAACUUUUCCAUUGGUGAUCUUGCAAUCUUGCGUGACGACAACAUGCCACCUCUGAAGUGGCCAUUAGUCCGUGUAACAGCAGUACAUUCUGGGAAUGAUGGUUUCGUAAGGGCAGUGACCGUGCGAAAUUCUGUUGGCUCUGAAUUUCGACGUCCAGCAAUCAAAUUAUCAUUGUUACCUACCGAAAAGGACCAUGAGGAUAAAGAUUAG